GAUAUGGAGGAAGGUAAAAGGGCCAAAAAGGAAAAAGCCAUAUGGGGGUGGAGGAGGGCAGAGCCAACACCUGAGGAGAGGCAUCUGCUGCCAAUCUCUCCCAGGCUGUAGGGGAAACAAGUUUAACAGGACUUAGCCCUGAAGGAACAACUGUUGGUGAAAGGAACGGGGGAGGGAGAACAUUUGAGCUCGUCUGAAGAAUAGGGAGGCACGGGGCAGGGCAGGCCUACAAAGGGAGUGACCAUACAGGCGCGGAUUAUUGGCAAGUGGCCCCGCUUUAGAUCCCUAGCGGUUGGACGAGGUUAAUUAGAAUACUAAGUAGAUCCGCCCAGAAGCCUUCACCCUGCCCUUUGACCCUAGGGCCCAGCCCGAGGAGGAUCCGCGUGUGGAAGGCCAGAGCGAGAAGUGAUCUGGGCCCUCGUCACUUCGCUGCCAAAUUCCCGGCGCCGCCCAGAGGCUGAGCUAGGCCAGGGCCGUCCGCCCAAUCCAGCCCGCCGCCUCUUCGGCCAUGGAAGCUACCGGCAACCCCGAGGCUGCGGGGACAGGCAAGUACAUCGCUUCAACACAGAGACCUGAUGGGACCUGGCGCAAGCAGCGGAGGGUGAAAGAAGGCUAUGUACCCCAGGAGGAGGUCCCAGUGUAUGAAAAUAAAUAUGUGAAGUUUUUCAAGAGUAAACCAGAACUGCCCCCAGGGCUGAGCCUUGAGGCCACUGUUCCUGUCACCCCAUCCAGGCCUGAAGGUGGUGAACCAGGCCUUUCCAAGACAGCCAAACGCAACCUGAAGAGAAAGGAGAAGAGGCGGCAGCAGCAAGAGAAAGGAGAGGUAGAGGCCUUGAGCCGGACUCUUGAUAAGGUGUCCCUGGGAGAGACAGCCCAACUCCCUGGUGCUCCACAGGGCUCCCGGGCAGCCCCCACAGCCGCCUCUGACCAGCCUGACUCAGCUGCUAGCACCGAGAGAGCCAAGAAGAUAAAGAACCUAAAGAAGAAGCUUCGGCAAGUGGAAGAGCUGCAGCAACGGAUCCAGGCUGGGGAAGUCAGCCAGCCCAGCAAAGAGCAGCUGGAGAAGCUAGCAAGGAGGAGGGCACUGGAAGAGGAGUUAGAGGACUUAGAGCUAGGCCUGUGAUGCCUUUGGGAAAUAGGGAUUGGACUGCAGAACAAACCAUGGGGUUCUCUGGGGCUGGGGGAAUGUGGGCAGCCGCAGUCAGGAGGGGUAGCCCCCAUACUGGCUCACUUCCACUUCUUGCAGCCCAACUCUGUCCUCGAGAGCCUGACCUCUCCCUCAUUCCUUCUCUUUUCUCCCCAGCUCCUAUUUUAUGGACUUUCCCUCUCCCAUCCCCAGUGUUCAAAAUCUCAGUGACUACCCCAGGUACCUUUGCUGCUGAUUUGGGUUUCUUGUUUAAAAGAAAAUCGGGUGGGUGGGAAUCUCUCAGAGAACUGAGGUUGAGGGUAGAGGGAGUAUGCCCAAGUCUUGGGCUUGGUUCCCGUUCACAGUGUUCAUGGGUUAUUUCCCUCUCCGUCCCUCACCUUUUUAUUUUUUUUUAUUUUUUAAAGAACAAGAAUAAACUCAAGUAGACAA